AUGACAUACCGGAUAGAGAUGCGAGAGGAAACAAAUAAAACAAAGUGCAUGCUGCGAGUAGUAGAGAUGAUGACUCUAAGAACGAUCGUGGGAAAAACCAGAAGAGACAGGGUGAGAAACACGGAUAUCCGGGAACAGUGUGGAGUGCAGGACGUGGUGCGAUGGGGAAGACAAAGAAAGAGACAGUGGUGCAGUCACGUAAAGAGGAUGGACAAAAACAGUCUACCGCGUAUCGUGUUGGAGGGAAAACCAGUAGGUACUAGACCAGCGGGAAGACCACCUAAAAGAUGGAAGGAUAGCAGGCAGUCAACAUCCCAGGAAAUACUGCAGAGGCGUGCUCAGAAUUAA